AUGGACAUUUAUCGUCUUUCAACUGACAUAAAAUUUAUGAAUUAAAUUGGUAUGACAUUAAGUGUAGAAGAAAGAAUGAAAUUAGAAUUAUCCAUAUUAAAAAUUAAUGAAAAUGAAAAUUUCGACUAAAUAUUAUUUUGGGGAAAAAUCCAAGGUGUAAAAGCAGAUUAUUUUGUAGCUUUAGCUUUGUAAUAUAAAGGAAAAUUUGAGUUUCCUUCUAAGAAAUUUUACUUUGCCAAAAGUGAUACAUUUGAUUUUGAAGAACUUCCUGAAUGUAAUUUAGAAUAUUAACAGUAAGUUGAUACAUUUAGGACAUUAUUUACAGGAGAUCCAAAAACUGUUAUCAUCCCUCUCAAAGAAGAAGAAGAAGCCCCUCCAGCAGAUGCAAACUAAGAAGAAAUUCAAGAAAAAGCUCCUGUUGAUUCUGAUGAAGACGAAAAUCCUAAAGUGAAACCAAAACCUUUUACAGAAUCAGAUAGAUUGGCCUAUAUAAUAAGAGCAAUUGAAAAUGACUGUUCUUUAGUUCCUGUAGGAGCUUUAAAACUUACUCCAUCUCAUGAAUUAAGAUAUAAUGAUUCUUUUAAAGGUCUAAGCUUAAAAGAAGUUAACUAAAUAAGUUUAUAUUAACAUUUUAGAGCUCCAUAAACUUAAGAAAAAAAAGAUUUCAUUAGUAGAGAUGACGCUAUUUUCCAUUUCAAUAUUUUUGAUCCUAUUCAUAAUGAUUUACCUAAAGGUUGCUGGUCUUUAUAGACAGACUCCUCUAAAACAAAUGCAACUUUAAGAAGUCUUACUUGGCCAGGUUUUGUGGGAUACCAUAGAGCUAACUCGAGAAUAUUUGGAUAUUGUUAUAUUGGAAACGGAUUAAAAAAUUGUGAUUUACCUUUUCUUUUAUGA